UUUUUCAAGCGGUAGUAGAAUAACAGCGGAGCUGUUGAAAUUUUUAUCUAAUUUGGGACUUACAUUUAGUUUUUAAGGCAAUCAAUGGAAAAUUUGAAUUUGUACGAUGUGUUAGGUGUGGGCAAAGAUGCAACUGAUGAGGAAAUAAAGAAGAAUUACCGUAAAUUGGCAAAAGAAUUCCAUCCAGAUAAGAAUCCCGAUGCUGGUGAAAAGUUCAAAGAGAUUUCGUUCGCCUAUGAGGUGCUUUCUGAUCCAGAGAAACGUCGUAUCUACGACCGCUACGGACUAAAAGGCUUACAGGAGGGCGCCGAUGGCUUCAGCGAUUCCUCCGAUUUUUUCGCGCAAUGGUUCCCCUUCGGCGGCGCUGGUGGUGGCCGCAGCAAGCGUGAGGGCCAGAUAGUAAUAAAGUUAGACCUGACGUUGGAAGAGAUCUAUGUGGGCUCCAUGGAGAAAACUGUAGACUAUAAACGUCAUCGUCUGUGCAACGCUUGCAAUGGGGAGGGUGGUCCGAAAGAGGGCCGCGUAAGUUGUGAGGCUUGCGGUGGUAUGGGUCGCGCAGCUGCUUUCACAUUCAUGGGUCUGAGUGCCUUCGAUGCGUUGUGUCCCACUUGCGAAGGACGAGGUUAUACAAUAAAGGAAGAUAUGCGCUGUAGCACUUGUCGCGGCAGUGGCUUCAUUGAGGAGCGCAAGAAACGCCAGGUGGAAAUUGAGUGUGGUGUACCGCACAUGUUGAAGAUGCCUUUCCCCGGGGAGGGCCACCAAUUGCGGAAUGGAGAAUACGGCGACCUGAUUGUGGUGGUCGUGCAGGCGGAUCAUUCUGUUUUCAUGCGACGUAACUCGCAGCUUUAUAUGCGUGACCUGGAAAUUAACAUCACGGAGGCGUUGUGCGGCUAUGUGCACUGCUUUAAGCAUCUCGACGGGCGCAACAUAUGCAUGCGCACACAACCCGGUGAGGUCCUCCACCACAACCACAUAAAAAUACUGCGGUCUGAGGGAAUGCCGGUGUACAACAAGCCAGCAGAAAAGGGGGAUCUUUACGUCAAGUUUAAGGUAACUUUUCCCGAGAACAAUUUCGCCACUUCAACCCAGCUGACUAUGCUCGAGGAACUAUUGCCACCACGUGAGCGCAUUAAUGUGCCAGCUGGAGCUGAAGAGGUUGACCUAAUGGACUUUAAGCCUCGUACUUCACAUCCAGAGGAUGAUGAGGAACACGGCCAAUCGCCGCAUUACGAGAGCGUCCAGUGCCAGACAGCUUAGUGCUGGUUCUAUCUUUGGUACCUUCUGACCACGCUUAGCCUGGAGGAAGUGUGCUUCUUUGUGCCGCUAGUCGUUCUAAUUUGCAUAGUAUUAUUUUUCAUUUGCGAAUGUUUGCUGUGAGCAUGGACCGUGAUCAAGAUAUAUUUGUUUUACAGUAUAUGUUAGGGAAAUCGUGCGAAACGAUUCCAAUAACUUAGCCGACGUAUCUCAAUACUAAUAGGUAGAACUAACUAUAUAUGUGUAUGUAUAAUCUUAAGCCCGACAAAAUUCUACGUUUUAAAUUAAAAACUUAACAGUCACUAUAUUA